AUGGCGACUGCUAGCGUCACAUCCGUCGACCUCACCGGCCUCAAGAAGAUCGGCCAGGGCAAGGUUCGCGAUGUCUUCGAGGUCGACGACAAGACGCUCCUCUUCGUCGCCUCCGACCGCGUCUCGGCUUUUGAUGUCGUCAUGAAGAACGGCAUCCCUGACAAGGGCGCCAUCCUCACCCACGCCUCUGCCCACUGGUUCAAGGUUCUCACCGACCGAGUCCCAGGCCUCAAGACCCACUUCAUCACCCUCGACCCCCCGGCCGGCCUGCCCGCCGCCGACGCCGCUCUCAUCAAGAACCGCGCCAUGCAGGUCCGCCGCCUCAAGGUCAUUCCCCUCGAGGCCAUCGUCCGCGGCUACCUCACCGGCUCCGCCUGGAAUGAAUACAAGUCAAAGGGCACCGUCCACGGCAUCCCCGUCCCCGCCGGCAUGCAACAAUCCCAAGCCUUCGCCACGCCCCUCUACACCCCCUCCACAAAGGCAGAACAGGGCGAGCACGACGAGAACAUCCACCCGGACGAGGCCGUCAAGCUCGUCGGAGCCAAGUACGCCAACCGCGUCGAGGAGCUCGCCCUCCAGCUCUACGCCGCGGCGCGCGACUACGCCGCCGAGCGCGGCAUCAUCCUCGCCGACACCAAGUUCGAGUUCGGCGUCGACCCGGACACGGACGAGGUCGUGCUCGUGGACGAGGUGCUCACGCCCGACAGCAGUCGGUACUGGCCUGCUGCCGGGUACGCCGUCGGCCGCGACCAGGAGAGCUUUGAUAAGCAGUUUAUCCGCAACUGGCUGAUUGAGCAGGGGCUUAAGGGUAAGGAGGGCGUUGCGCUGCCGGAGGAUGUGUGCAAGGCUACGGCGGAGAAGUAUAAGGAUGUGUUUGUCAAGUUGGUGGGGAAGAGCUUUGAUGAGGUUGUUGCGUGA